AUCCAGAAGUCAUGGGACUUCAUGAAGACGCAUGACAGCGUGGCCGUCCUCAUGUUCGACUCAUCCAGGAGGUGCCUGGUGUUGGUGAAGCAGUUCCGGCCAGCUGUGUAUGCGGGCGAGGUGGAGCGCCGCUUCCCGGGGUCCCUGGCAGCUGUAGACCAGGAUACACCCCAGGGGCUGCUGCCGGCCCUGCCGGGCUCGGUGGGGGUGACGUACGAGCUGUGCGCAGGCCUUGUGGACCAGCUGGGGGUCUCGCUGGAGGAGGUGGCCUGCAAGGAAGCUUGGGAGGAGUGUGGCUACCGGCUGGUCCCCUCCGACCUGCGCCGCGUUGCCAUGUACAAAUCUGGUGUGGGGCUGACCAGCUCCAACCAGACCAUGUUCUAUGCGGAGGUGACCGACGCCCAGCGCAGUGGCCCAGGUGGGGGCCUGGUGGAAGAAGGUGAGCUCAUAGAGGUCAUGCACCUGCCCCUGGACGGCGCCCAGGCCUUCGUGGACGACCCGGAUGUCCCUAAGACCCUUGGUGUCAUCUUUGGUAUCUUCUGGUUCCUCAGCCACGUGGCACCUGGCCUGGGUGCCCAGUGA